CGGAGUAAAUGUCGGCGGAGCAAUCGUCGGCGGAGCAUGUGUCAUGGAACCAAAAAUACGCCGUAAACGCAGCGUUAUCCAGCCGGGGGAAGCCCCGGGUUGAUCAUCCCAAUUAUACUGGACGUAGACAAGAAGAGAGCGCAACUGAAGGUUUGCUUACUGAGUUCACCUUAAAAAUUCGGAAUAUUUACCUAUCAUAAUGAAUAGAUCACGAUACCUGGCAUCAGCUUUAAGUUUAAGAUGUAACUCGAGACAUUUCGCGUCAUCACGGGGUAAAAUGGAUUUUCGAGAGAAAAUGCUGUGGUCAAAAUUAAAAUCAACUUUUCGUGAUUCGCCACCAGCACCAUCGCCAGCAUCAUCGGCAGCAGCACCAAAACACUUCUUGAACUUGAAUAUCAUUGGUACAACACGGUACCCCAAGCUCUAUUCAACUUCAUGUUCAAGUUUAAGAUGUUCUCACCAGAGAUUGUGUCCAUAUCUAGUCCCACGAAGACCACAGCAAUUUCAUCAGGAUCAGAGGAGAACUUGUCAUUCGUGGACUAGCUCAUUCAGUGAAAGAGAAACGGUGUCUGGUGCAGUUACUAAACUGAUGGAGAAAUUUGAAAAAGAAGAUAUUCCAGAAUCUGAUGUAUCUGCUGAGUAUAUUGUUGCUCAUGUCUUGGGAGUUAGGCAGCUUUCAGAGUUUGCAAGAAUAGACCAGUCAAGGAUCCUGUCGACUGAGGAGAGAAGUAGAGUCAUGGAAUUAGCCAGUCAGAAAUUGGCAAGAGUACCGAUGCAGUAUAUUCUAGGAGAGUGGGAUUUCCGUGACCUCACACUGAAGAUGAAGGCCCCUGUCUUUAUACCUAGACCGGAGACAGAAAUGUUGGUAGAUCUGCUAGUUAGUUAUUACGAAGAGGAUGAUGAACUUGAUAUUCUUGAAGUUGGUUGCGGUUCCGGUGCCAUUGGUCUCUCACUCCUCCAUGAAUUUCAGAAGGCACACGUAACAGCAUUAGAUGCAAGCAGGGAUGCUGUGAUGCUAACACAGGAAAAUGCCUCUAGACUUGGUGUUAGUAAUCGUCUCAGCGUUCAUCAUACUACCCUGACUGAUGAGAGUCCUCUACGUAUUCAUUCCAAGUACGGUACGAGAUAUGAUGUCAUUGUCAGCAAUCCACCUUACCUAUUUACGCGGGAUAUGGAUGAUCUCGGCCCAGAAAUCUUAAGGAAUGAAGACCCGAUGGCUCUUGACGCAGGUGCUGAAGGUAUGGAUGUCAUCAAGGCAAUCGUCAAACAUGCCAGGUUUCUUCUCAAACCGCGUGGGUUUAUAUGGCUAGAGACAGACACCAGACAUCAUCAGAUGAUACAGGAAUGGCUUGUAGAGCAUCCAGCAUUCUCUGUUCAGUUCAACGACAGUUUCUUGGACUUUACAGACAGAACAAGAUUUUGUCAGCUACAGUAUGCUCCAUGACGUAGAGAUAUCACCCAGCAUGUGAGCAUGGUAUAGGAGAAGACGAGAUGUGACCUUAUGCUCCUCAAGACUUGCAGAUGUUAUAUGGAAGAUACAUGUCCUCCUAGUAGUCGGAGAAAGAAACAAGUUCUCACCACCAAGUCCAAGUGAAAACAGAGAACUCACGAAAGAUAAAUCUUUGGAACCAGAUCGACGAUUAUUUGCCAAUGAUGAUCCUCCCGAAAGGACAAAGUUAGAAGGGAACCGAUUUUAUAGAUGUCUGUAAGACCACAGGGAUAAGCCAGUUCACGGUUAGCUCGUAGAGGUAGUAUGUCAGAGGUCAAAUGAGACAGGAAAUGCGAAUUCAGCACGUGGACUUUGUACAUAUGCAUUUGGUACCACACAUUUGUUUACAAUCUCUCCCUGUGCGUUUCUUGAUUCUUAAGGGCAUCGUUUAACAUUGUUAAAUAUGAGAUGCAUGGCCCUACGUGUUAUCAGUGUCUUUGAUAUGGUGUAAU